AUGACUUGGGCACGAGUCUCUCCGGGGCGUUUAGAAGUCUGCCCACGUUGCGAAAAUCCUGGAACAAAAUCCUGGAGCUGCGAAAAUCCUGGAACAAGAUUCGCGAAAGAUGUUGCGGACUACAUCCGCCAGAACAAGUCGUUGAGGGACCUAGUCAUCUGGGACUCGAGUGGCGGCGACGAAGGUGCCGCUGCUCUCGCGAAAGCGCUAGUGGCAAACGACACGCUGACGACCUUCUCAUUGGGCGACGUGGAGUUAUCAUCAGACACCUUAAUCAUCUUCGCGAAAAUGCUCGCUACCAACUCGGCGUUGGAAUCGGUGAACCUCAGUCAAGUCCGCCCGCUGGAAAAGGACCAAGUGUGCUGGCUGAUGUCGCAGAAGUGGUAUGCUGGCGUGUUCAAAAGACUCGACAUAGCGUGGCCCGAGCAGCUUUUACCGGAACUCGCAAUACUCAUCCGCAGAGAAGCAUGCUGUCCCUCGCUGUUCCGGAGGAACGUUCGUCUGAUGAACAAGGCAGCCCAAUAUGUGGUUUUAGGCGCUGGUGUCAGCGAUGAGGAAAGCGCUGAUGCUUUGAAGAAAGUGAAGUCGAGCUCUCGACUCGUGGAGGAGGUAAAGAAGAUUACCGGAAAAACAACGGAGGUGGUUUUAGAACAAAUACAGUCAACCUUAGCUCGCCUUAACCUGCGGCAAGAAAUGGAAGACACCUCUGCGUCUUCAGCACAUCGUCACUACCGCUGA